AUGACAACCCAUACCUGUACCACUGGACUAUCGGCUGAUAUAGACAUUGGUCAGAGAAAAUCCGGUGGAAGCUAUGAGGAUAGUUGUCAGAAUACCAUAAACAUCCGUAAGGUUGAUAAUAGACCCACUGCUGGCUACAAGAGAUACACUCACACACUUACCGGAGGGAAUUCGGUUGCUGGAAUAUAUUACAAUAAAGAAAAACAAAAUGGUAUAGACCUAUCUGGUGGUGAAUAUAAAAAAAAUGUAACCAUAUACUAUCUAGACUAUGAUGCCACUAACGCACUUCCCCUAAUAGUGGGACUUGAAAGGACCUAUAGUGAUAACUAUUACUACUAUAAAAAGACAGAUUAUUUAACUUCCGAUCGAUGGAAAGAUGAAUACGGAGUUAACAAAGAAAGUGAACUCUCUUCAAAACUUACAUCCAUCACUAGUCAGCUAAAACUAAAACAACUUGUUGUACUAAAUACUAGUCAAACUCAAGGAAGUUACUUUGCCAAUGGAGAAAAUAAUGCACCACCAGCAAAUCUAACUACUCAAAUUCAAGUCACCGAGUCUUCCACAGAACAUCAAAUCUAUAAAAAGUACAAGCACACUCCCUCCCCAGGAAUAUCCGUUAUGAGACUCCUUUAUACAAAAGAUGCUAAUAACAAUAACAUUCCAUUUGAGUCACCUGUAUAUAGAACGAGCUGUAGUGAGGCUUAUGUAUACUACUGGAACGGAGCUACUCGUAGUUCUAAUCCCCUAUUACUUGAGUUAAAGUCGAAUCCAUCUUCCACAUAUUACACAGUACAUAAAACUGGAAGAACUGACAACAAAUGGAGGCUUGAAUCUAGUAUAGAGACUAGUAACAUUAAGGACAAACUGGAUGAACAGAACUGUACUAGAAACAAUGCUCACAUUAUGGACAUUUCAAAGGCAAGCAAAUCUGGUUACACCUGCCCCUGUUGUAAGUCUAAGCAGAUUGGACUUUCCAUCCAUGGUGAAAAAUAUUUCUACUACUAUCAUAAUAUUUAUGGUGGUUUUUUCUCCAGAUUAAAGAAUGGAGGAACGGAGCAAACUGGAAUUAAGUUUCCAAAGGGUACCACUCGAGUGUAUGUUUAUCACUAUCCAAAAGGAUCUGAAGGAAUUCCACUUCUCAUUCACUUCUUAAAUAAAUGGUACCAAAGGGAAUCUCUAGAAUCUAGUAGCUGGAACGAUGUCAAAGUUGACCCACCGACAUCUCCAUUUAAGAAGGACAAGAUAUUAAAGCUUCUAGAGGCUAAAUUGCCAGCUGUUGCCGUAAACGUCUGGGAGGGAAAUGAUCUUAAGACAGGUGGACAACAUAGUGAGUAUGACGAUCCUUCUGGAAGUAAACAAAUUAAAGUUACCAGAGAUGAUGUGGAAUCUGAGGAAGAAGGCACCGGUUAUACUAGUUUUACUCAUUGUGUUCAGGGUAAGCCUAAUUUUAUAGUUAAGGAGGUCAAAUACGGUAGUUCCUCUCUACAAGGUAUAGAUCCGAGUUCCAUUCUUAAAACUGUAACAGCCUACUACUCUGGUAGAUCUGAGUUUAAACUCGAUAACCUUCUCAUGAUUGAACUAGUGAAAAGGAAUGGUCCUAAUAAUUACGCAUAUUAUAGCAGGAAAAACGGAGGAUCUACUUGGAGAGUGGAUCGAGAGCAGGCGAACAAACUAGGAAAUUCUGAGCUUACUCAAAAGCUUAAGAACUUAAAGGAAGAGCUUGACAAGCCAUCUAGUCCCUCUGGACUUCAGGGACUUAAUGGUGCCGGUGGACCUCAAGCUCCUGAUAGAGGUGAAAAGAACAUUUUUCAGAAGGCACUUAAUUUCAUUGAAUCUCACCCUGCUGAAAUUGGUGGAGUCGGUGGAACAAUAGGAACAGGUAUUCUUGGUUUUGGUACAUGGAAACUAUGGCCCAAAAUAAUGUCAUGUCUAAUCACUAAGACACUAUAA